AUGAUAUCGUACGCGAUUAUUUGGCCGACCUGCAGCAUAGUGCAAGAAUACAUAGAGUACGGCAACUUAGAUACCGUUAAUUGGGCUAGAGCCGCUCGAUUUGGAAUUUUCGGCACAUUUUUCAUGGCGCCCGUAUUUUACGGCUGGAUGAAGUAUACGAGCAGGUUCUUUAAAAAGAAAGAUUUAAAAACUGCUGUAACUAGAGCCUUAUUGGAGCAAGUUUCAUAUUCUCCUGUAGCGAUGGCAUAUUUUUUCUUCGGGAUGAGUCUUCUUGAAAUUAAACCGCUGAAGUCUUGCAUUAAUGAAGUGAAGGAGAAGUUCUGGCCGACAUACAAAGUGGGUGUGAUCUUCUGGCCGACAGCUCAGACGGUGAAUUUUUAUUUUGUGUCUGAAAAAAAUAGAAUAGUUUUCGUCAGUCUGGCGAGUUUUGUGUGGACGAUAUUCAUGGCGCAUAUGAAAUCUAGGAAAAUUCAUAUAAAUAAGGACAUAAAAGAAAAU